CCCGAAAGCAAUAAACCAAGAAAGGGGUCGCAGCAAGAGAAACUUCGAAACCCGAAGAACCGCUUUCUUUAUUAUUAUUAAUAUUUAUUUCAUAUAAAUAUAUAAUCUUCGCAAUUUCCGUUAGUUUCUAAGUCGACCUCUCUAAGUGAAAUUUGAGAAGGUUUGAGAAAUCAAAUGGGAGUGAAGGUGGAGCACUGAUGCCACCGUUCUGGAUUGUAAUUCGUCAACUAGUUGAAAUCGAAGAACAAAUGGCUACCUCGAAGAAAGUGAUUACACGGGAAGAGUGGGAAAAGAGAUUGAAUGACGUUAAAAUCAGGAAAGAAGACAUGAAUAAAUUGGUGAUGAAUUUUCUUGUCACUGAGGGUUAUGUUGAAGCUGCUGAGAAAUUCCGGAUGGAAUCUGGAACUGAGCAUAUUGAUCUUGCAACAAUCACGGAUCGCAUGGCUGUUAAAAAGGCUGUACAAUGUGGAAAUGUUGAGGAUGCAAUUGAGAAAGUUAACGAUUUAAAUCCUGAGAUAUUGGAUACAAAUCCCCAACUCUUUUUCCAUCUCCAACAGCAGAGAUUGAUAGAAUUGAUUCGGAAUGGAAAAGUAGAAGAAGCCCUGGAGUUUGCCCAGGAGGAGCUUGCACCUAGGGGAGAAGAAAAUCAAAGCUUUUUAGAAGAGUUGGAAAGGACUGUAGCACUCCUGGCUUUUGAAGAUGUUUCCAACUGCCCAGUUGGAGAGCUUAUGGACAUAUCACAGCGCCUUAAGACAGCAAGUGAGGUGAAUGCAGCCAUUCUUACUAGCCAGAGCCAUGAAAAAGACCCAAAGCUUCCAAGCUUGCUAAAGAUGCUGAUAUGGGCUCAGAAUCAACUGGAUGAGAAAGCCACUUAUCCCCGCAUAAAUGAUUUGUCAAAUGCCACACUCGAAGAUCCCACAGUUUGAAAGGUUUGCAAGUCAGUGUGGAGGAAUCAAGUUGCCUUGGAUUGUCCAGAGCUAGAGCUGAACGGAAUGAAGUGAUCAUGCUUGUAAUCUCUUCAAGUGACUAGCUAGGGAUUUGUUGGAUGUCAUUUGUUAAGAUGUGGUUGGUGUUUAUCUCGGUUUUAGAAGAAUUUAGUUGCCUUUGGUUGGUGUUUACUUUGUUCUUAGGUGAAGUCAGUGCCCUUAAGCCUUUGUACAAUUCAUGAUCAUGCACUUAUCCCCUUAAUGGGGAUUCCAUUUGACAAUUUACAGCCAAAAAUAGAAAAGCUCAAAGCUGUGCUGUUAUUCCUAUGUUUA